CCCAGCGGUGAGCUCUUGCAACUAUCAAGUUUGUGGAUGUGUUAUCACAUUUCUAACCAUUGUCAAGUCCACCAGACUGCCGGCGAUUGAGUAAGGGACUGAACUCUGCAGUGUGGUUGUUAACCGUUAUUCUAUCAUCAUGCCGAUGUGUGUGUUGUACACCAAUCUGAAGGAUACUGACAUCCCCCCACAACUGGAGACCAGACUCGCAGAGCUGAUUGCUAAAGUCCUGGACAGACCCAUGGAGUGGCUCAACGUGGUGAUCCUGCCUGGACUGCGUCAGUUCCGCCUGCACAACACCGACCCUGCCUGCUUCCUCCAGAUCACCUGCAUCGACGCUUUCGACAAGGACAGUAACCCGACCUACACACCACCCAUACUGGACUUCCUGAAGACCAACCUCAAGCUUCAAGCUGAAAGAAUACUCAUCCAGUAUCUACGGGCAGAAAAACACCAGUUUAAUGUAUAGUCCAGGAUGACAACGUUGCUUAGGGCGUUACAUUCUGGACUAGGCUCUGCCAACAGCAAUACUCGGAUACCAUUGUUUCAUCGAUGGCCUAUCAAUCAGACAUAUCAACUGGUAUAGCACCAGUGACAUUUACUACUCCUACUACUACUAUUUACAACAAACUACUACGUAUUUAAGCAGUCUUUCUUUCGUACUUUCCUUGGACACUAACUGGUGUUUAUAUUUCCUAGACGAAUUUGUCUGGUUUUCUGUGUCGUUUGCUUUGCGCUCUGUAAUAGACUUACGUAGGAAUUGUACAAAACCUGUGUACUUGUUACAUAGCAAUUUGUUUAACAGAGUCGUAUGUUCUUCGUUGGCGUAGUGCAAACAAAACUAGUGAAACUCAUAUAAUCCUGCCCCUGAAGCGAGCAAAAACAGAAGACAAGAACAUGAAUGCUCAACUCUUGGAAACAAACUUAUAUUACAGGGGUGUUAUUGCUAGGCUCGUGCAAGUGUAAAUUUAAAAGUAACUGAAAUUACUUGUCACAAUAAUAGCUAGGAAUGGUAUUUUUCCGGCCUGCUACAUCAUUGAAUCAAUUACGUUAUCAAAACGUGCUUGGGGGUUUGUUAUUCUAAAACAAAUUAUGAGAUCAUCUCGCUCGAUGGUCACGAGGUACAAAUGAUAUUACACAUAUGAUAAUCCUUAACAACAUAAAUAUUUGUUUGGCAAUGUCAUUCAGUAGCGUUUGUUACAAAACUUAAAAUACUCCAACAUUCAUUUUAUCUUGAUGCCUGUCGAGUCUUUUACGACGUACUGGACCAGGACAACUGUUAUGUUAGUGCGGCGUAAAAUAACAUUCGUUCACUUGAGUGUUGUGUUGUAGGACUGUAACGAUGCUUCGAACUAUGGAUUACAAUUGUUGAGUCUCAGAUAGCAAUUAAUCGAUGGUAGAAACGAAAACUAUCGAUAGUAUGAGUGACUAUCGACAGUUUAGUAAUUUGCACAGUGCAAAAUACAGGAAGUACUAGAUUCGUUCACUUUGAAUUAGAGUUAUCCGCCCCUGUUACAUCUUAAACACACUUGAUCUGCGUUUCAGGUUUCAUGUGAGUUAUUAAAAGAGACUGAAACUAC